UAGGUUAUAUUAUGCACUAAUUUUUUAUUGACUCAUGCAAAAUCCAAGAUGGACGACUGCACUGGAGAGGAAGUAAAUUUUUAGAAAUAAUUGAGUUGUGUGGUGUCCAUAGGGAUAAAAUAGACACUUUGGUCUUAGUGGAAAUGGAUGCAUAGAGCAGCUGACCAUCUCUGUGCUUGCAUCACUAUCGUCCAGAGAAUUCCAAUCAGUCACAGCAUCACAGGGUAUAUGAUCAUGUUGCAAUAGAUGGACGAACAAGCACUGAAUGAGUUGCUGGAAUGUUCAGUAUGUUUGGAUCAGCUAGAUGAUACAAGCAAAGUGUUGCCAUGCCAACAUACAUUCUGUAAACGGUGUUUGGAGGAAAUUGUCAGUACAAAACAUGAGCUACGCUGCCCAGAAUGUCGCUUCCAUGUUGAGAUGCGAGUGGAAGACCUUCCUUCCAAUAUUCUGCUUAUCCGUCUCCUGGAGGGGUUGAAGUCUCAGUCUCGGAUUGCAAGUUCACAAGGACCAGGACAUAGAAGAGAGACUCUAGGUUCACCAGGGUCUAGCAAGGCAGAUAAUACAAACCAGGCAGUAGCAGCAUUUGCUAGACAACAGCAACAGAGACAGGCAAGUACCAGCAAUCGACCAUGUGCCAAAGCUCUCUUCAAUUAUGAUGCUAAAGACCCAGGGGAUCUCUCAUUUAAGAAGGGAGAUAUUGUGUAUCUGAAGAAACAGGUAGAUGAGAACUGGUUCCAUGGAGAGCUGAAUGGGCAACAUGGUUUCUUUCCGGUCAAUUAUGUACAGGUUAUUACAGCAUUACAAGAUACUAUACCUCAGUGUAAGGGUCUGUAUGACUUUACAGUAGAUGAUGACAAGGAAGAAGAUUGUAUGCCAUUCAAAAAGGAUGAUACAAUGACUGUGAUCAGAAGGGUAGAUGAGAACUGGUUGGAGGUGAAGAAAGGAGAUAAGAUUGGUAUUCUACCCAUAUCAUUUGUAGAGCUGAAUGACCCUGCCAAAAGACUACUAAGUUUGACAGAUAAAAAUGCCAUAGCGAUCGCUGGUUCUGAUCCUCCUGUGACCCCAGCCCAUCCCGUGAGAUCAGCGAAAGAAGGCUCCCCAGGCGCUGUACCUGUAGUGAACAAACGCCAUUCUCUAACAACAAUCCCCCUUACAGUAACUACUCCUGCCAGUGCUUUACAACGGAGAUCCUUAGACAGUAAUACUGACACUGACCUCUUGGCAACUGGAGGUCAGUCUGUUGCCAUUGCGGCACCAUUGCUAUCUACUAUGACAACAGAAAUGCCAGUUACUAUGACAACACAGCCAAAAAUACCAGCCAAUCAGGCUAUCUCAGUACCUCCUAGAAAAACUGAGACAGAACUCCCAUUGGUGCCUUCCCAGAACAAACCAGAUAGCACAGUAAUAUUGGACCAGCCAGCAGUAACAUCUCGACAUACAGGUGAUGUGAUGUCUGCCAGUUUAACUGCUGGUAGGAAGGAGGAUGUAGCAUCUGGCAGUAUUGGAUCAUCAGCUUCCAUAUAUAUAGCAUUGUACAACUAUAAACCUCAGAAGGGAGAUGAGUUAGAAUUGAUCAAGGGAGAUUAUUACUCUGUCUCAGAGAAGUGCCUGGACGGCUGGUAUAAAGGUGUGGCACUGAAGACCAACUUGUCUGGAGUCUUUCCAGGGAAUUACGUUCAGUCUGUGAAGACUCAUACCAGUACAUCUAAAUCAUCGAGCAAGUCUUUGGUUACAAAACCAAAACUACCACCACCAGAUCAGGGUUUAAAUGCAGCAACAAAACCAUCAUUAAGCCCUCCUAGACCCAAAACUAGCAGUUCUGAGGCAGCUGGCAGGUCUCGUGCAAGACCUGAUCGUGAAAGGAGGUCAGCUAGUGGGGACAGGAAUGGUGCACCACCUCCUAUUGUUCCAAGAAGUGGACAGAAUUUAGCACCAUCCUCAGGCAAAGGUCAUGUUUCACCCAGUCCCAAUAGUCCAAUACUCCUGACGUCCAAAACAACACGCUAUGUCCGAGCCCCAAAGUCAUCCAGUCCAAGCCUCGGUGCUAAAUCAGAUACAAGUCCUAACACGAGUGCCAGCAGCCCAGUGUGGAAACAUUCAAUGUCAGCAAGUGCCAACAUUACGCCACCUAAUGUUGUUGUUGGAGCCUCGGCUAACCAUGCACCUGCUGUUGUCAAAGAAAAGGAGAAGAAGAAAGAUAAGGAAAAGCUGAGCCUGAUGAAGAGAAUAACCUCAGCUGGUAAACUGAAGAAACCUAAGUCUACUGAUGUAGAAUCAGCCUCUCUUAGUGACUCCAGUGUUUCACAUAGCAGAUCUGGAUCGUAUCCCUCUGACACCUCACCCCUAGUACCUUUAGAGCCAAACCACAAGAAGUCAGGAUCAUUUGAUUCAUCCUCACCUAACACUCAACGCAGGCCUACCAGGCCUAAACCUCUUGCCAGAGAAAAGUAUAGAUGUAUAGACACGUACCCAGCACAGAGCGAAAUUGAGCUGGAUCUCAAAAUAGGUGACGUUAUAUAUGUGCACAAGAAGCGUGACGAUGGUUGGUUUAAGGGUACGCUGCAACGUUCAGGCAAAACAGGACUUUUCCCAGGAACUUUUGUAGUGAAGGUGUCUUGAGAAAAGUUGACCUUUAAUGUGUCUCUAGUUUAUGAAAUUGAAAAUUGCCAGUGUAGACCAAAAGCUGAUAAUGAUAGCAUGAUGCUGAAGCUUGGCUUGGAUACAGUGUCUGACAGUCUGCAGAGUUGAUGCUGGUAAUAUUAUGAUACAAGCGAACAAACUAUUAUAACUUUUAUCUUGGAUUGUGUGAUACUUUGUUAAAGAUUCCAGUUUGUUAAAGGUACUAGCAGGGUUAUUUUGUGCCAUGAAAGACAAGCAGAUUAAACAGGGUGUUCUGUUAUGCAGACAGAAUGUAUUUUUAUAACCUUUUAAAAAAUGAUUUUGAAUAAUUUACUGUGGCAAUGAUUUCAAAUGGAAUAUUUUACCAGUUCACAAGAUACCUCCCUUGAGCAUGACUUCCAUUUUGCUGCCUCACAGAUAUAUUUUGUAUCAAAAUACUCUAAAUCAGUGUCAUAAUACAAAUUUUUGUUAGAUAUGCUUCAUGUUUAUUACUGCAAGGGAAUUUUGUCAGAUUUAUUGAUAACAUUUGCAGCUUUUGUCCAUUUCAUAGUAGUGGUUUAAUCUCCGUUGUAUGGCAUAAUCAAAAGACCUCAGAUACUCUUUUAUGGGGGCCUUAGAGGCCAAGUAGUUAAAAUCACUGACAUAGUCAUAUGCCCCUUACCUCUGUGGGUACAUGUCAGCUCUUUCUGUCAUGUUAGGAAUUUUAUUUUAUUCAAAACUUAUAAAAUAUUGACUAAAGUGAGACAGUGGGGGAGCUGUCAUUUAGGUCUCAUUGACCCACUUUUGGUUUCAAAAUUACUUAUCUUUGGCAGAUACCCUACGGAAAUUGCGUUGAGGUAAAUUUUCACCUCUUUGGCUUCAAAAAGCAUCUUUAACGGCAUGCCGGGGGUCUAUACUCUAUAUAGCGAAAGUUAUACUGUGCCUGACAGAGCGGAUGGACCCUUAUUAAACUUAAAUAGUCAGUCAGUCAGUCAGACAGGGUCUGUAUGCUGUUUCUUUUAGUGUUCAAAACCAUAAGUGGAAGUACCCAGAGUUGAAAGUUUCAGAUGUACAAAUAAGCUUUAUAUGAAAGUGUAUAUGAACUAUCUUUAAGUGUUUUAGCAUGUGACUGAUAAAAAUCUUUAUAUUUUUCAUUUAAGUAAGUUGCUUUUUUCUCUAUUCCACUCUUUUCAAAUGAGUGUCGUCUACAAACAAAAACUAAAUGAAUAUGUUUAAUUAGAGACACACAGCUAUUUUCAUGUUGAUUUUCAAUUAAUCAACCAUUCUUACCAAAUGCAAGACUUACAACUGUAGAUAAUAUGUUACUUGACUCAUGUUAGUUCAUACUUUUACAUACAAAAUAUCAGUGCAAAUAUGAGGUGACGCUUUAAAAACCAAGAAAAACGUAACAAGACACUGCUUCUGUUGAAUGAUUGUAAAAUACCCAGACUGGAAAUAUGAUGUGAGUAAUUGCCAUACUCUUAUAGUAAUAAAUGCAUACUAUUACUUAUUUGGUGAAAUUUUACAUAUUCCCCUCUGGAUGGUUUCUCCUACUUGGAUAUCAUAAAUUUCCAUUGAUGAGGUGAUAAGUUUGAGUCUCUGGGAGAUGCAUGUCCUCCGUGAUGAUUGAAGGCCUUUUGUCUAUGGUCAUUCAGUCUCAUCCUUUAAAUGAUAGGUGGAAAUUGUCUGUUGCUGGAAAUCCUGUUUUCAUCAGAAAACAUAUUUACUAUUAGAUAAGAAUCUUUUUUGCCUUUUCAUAUGCACAAAGGGACGUAUUAUGUUAGCAAUUAUGUGUCCGCUCUGUAACCCUUGAACCCCUUGAAGGAUUUUAAAGAAACUUGGCACAAAUGUUCACCACAUUGAGACGACAUGCAGAGCUAUUGUUCUGGAUGGCUGGCUUCAAGGUCAAAGUCAAACUUAUAGGGUCAAAGGUCAUACCUUCAAGGUCAAGGUCGGGUGUAUAUUGCUCUGCAUGUAGGUGCUGUUGUUGUGUAUUGAAGUAGAAUCAGUACUAUGUCCUCCCUAUUACUGCAUGAGCCAACUCUUUAUACACUAUUUUUUUGUCUAGUUUAUUGGACGACUUAAAUGUAUAUAUAGAAAACUGGCAUAUACAGCACUAAUGGCUUUACAUAAAGUUAAUAGUCUUGUAUAUGAAAAAACUAAAAUUGUAGAAAGAUAUGUUAUACAUUUAGAGAUUGCGACUACACAAAAUUUUUAUGUGUGUAAAAAUCUGUGUUGUUAACUGAUUCUAUAAAAGAUUCAUAUGUUAUGUUAUUGUCUUUUGUUAAAUGUUGGUGAAUUAUGUGUCUUUUCAUUGUCAAUGAAAUUGACAAAACUGUUGAAAUUUUAUUUUAAUAUGCUGAUAUGCAAUGUUGAACCACAUAAAAAUGUGAUACAUGUUAAUUUGAAGUUUUUGUAAAAUACAAUGUACUGAUGUGAAUAUGUAUGCAUGUUGAAUUUUUUUCAAGGACUGCGACAGUCAUUAUUUUUUUUCCAAAAUGUUUGGAAAUGAAAGUCCAAGGAAAUCAUAAUUUUUGUGUGCAAAUAUAAGCGAUCACUGCAAAUUAUUCCCCAAGUUAAAGUGAGAGGUUACAGCCUACAAACCAGAACUAAAUUGUUUUCUAGGAAAUCAUACACUUUUCUGGGAAAACGUGUCUAUCGUAGUGCAGAUUUGAUCUGUGAAAUCAGUUAAUUUUUUUGACAUGAAAUUUCAUUUUCUUGGUUUAGGCCAAAAUGAUUAUUUUGUGGGGACAUGAAGAUGUGAAUGUCAUUUUAGAAGCAAAAUAAUGUGGAGAUUAAUUUGUUCAUUUAGAUUAAAUUUUCUGAAAUUUACACAGCCACAAUAUCAGCAGAAAUAAUAAUUCUGAUUAUGUCACAGUACUUGAUAUAUAAUGCUCUAAAAUAGGAGGUAUGUAACACAUGAUAUAUUGUUUAAUGUUUUAGGCAGUAUGUUAAAUUUUCUACCAUGUUGUAAAUUUUUAGUUUAUUAUACAAGGCAAACAGGGUCUGCAAAUACAAAGUAUACCUGUUUGCUCUAAUAUGAUAUCAUAUGAAAUCAGUUCAAUGAAACAACAGUUCUGUUCUAUGGCUCCAUUUUUUCACCAAAAUAAAUAUCUGUUGUUGGCUUUUUUUGUAUGUCAAAACAAAAUUGAGUUUCAUUAGUAUUAGUGCACAAACAGUCAAGUUUUUUUUUAAACAAAUUUUUCUGAUGCAGUUCCUACCAGAAUUAGUAUAUAUGUACAGAUCUUUUCAUAUGCCCAGAUUAUUUGAAAAUAUACAGGAACUAUGUUACCUGCACUGUGAGUAGUUGCUUAUCCAUGACAAGGUACUACCUUCUCAAUAGUUCUAACACCCAGGUUAUUUAUAUCUUCAAUAAAGUACUGUGGCUUAACAUUGGUAAUUUUAGGUUUAUAUGAGUGAAUGUGGCCAUGUAGCCGUAUUCAUUUGGUGAACAAUUGAGACAUUUUUGAAUCGUAAAGAGUAACACAACAUUAAUGGCUAUAAUCCAUUUGUAAAAGAUGAAACAGUUCUAGAAGUAGAGAGGCUAUUAUACAUGAGGGAUAUCUGUUAGCUCACAGAAGCUCAAAUGAAAUAUAACAAACUUGUUUUUUGUUUAUAUAUGUUUUUAUGUACAUCAACAGUUUGAGGCCAGCAGCUAAACAUUUUCACGUUCCCCUGAUGAGAGUUUGAAUGAGCUUAAAUCAGUGGUACUAACACCCAUUAGUUUUUCACUUUUUUGCCUUUGUUUACCUGUCCAAUUUUAGUGUUAUUAUAUGUAUAUGUUGCUCUUUACAAAAUAUUUGUUGAAAUCUGUUUACUCUAAUUAUGAAAAAAACUACAGAAGGAAAUAAAUAAUAUGAUUAG